AUGACAGAUAUUUUUAAUAUGGAUGGAUAUGAUGAAGUUGAAAAAUUGACAAAUCAAAUACAACAAAAUUUGAAAUUAUCAGAGUUAAAUUAUAAAUUAAUAGAUGAUCAAAAUAAUGCCGUUGGUGAAGAGGAAUCACCAACUGAUUAUUUCCCCGAGAAGUCAAGACCUAUAAAGAUAUCUAAUAAUCGUCCUCGUCGCAAAUCAUCAAUUGUUUCAUCUUAUGAAGUUAAUAUCAAUGAUUCUUAUACAUCAUCUUUAAUAAUUAAUAAAAAUGAAGAAUCAUUUUAUAAACCUAAAUUGUCAGAUUUUGAACCAAUUAAAGUUUUAGGUAAAGGAUCAUAUGGAAAGGUUUUAUUAGUUCGUGAAGUUGCAACUGGUAAAUUGUAUGCUCAAAAACAGUUAAAAAAAGCAAGUUUAAUUAUAAAUGAAGAAACUAAUGAAAUUAAUCAUAAGAAUUAUCAACGUACAAUGAAUGAAAAACAAAUUUUAGAAAUGGUUAAUCAUCAAAAUAUUGUUAAAUUAUUUUAUGCAUUUCAAGAUAAUAAUAAAUUAUAUUUAAUACUUGAAUAUUUAGAUGGAGGUGAAUUAUUUCAUCAUUUAGCCAUGGAAAAAUUUAUGAGUGAAAAGAAUGCAAGUUUUUAUAUUGCUCAAAUGUCAUUAGCAUUGUAUUAUUUACAUAAAAAAUUAAAAGUUAUUUAUAGAGAUUUAAAACCUGAAAAUUGUAUGUUGAAUUCAAAAGGUCAUUUAGUUUUAACUGAUUUUGGGUUGAGUAAAGUUUCGAGUGAAUAUGAAUCAAUAAAUUCAAUGACUGGUACUGCUCAAUAUAUGGCGCCUGAGGUUUUGAGUGGCGAAAGUUAUGAUUAUUUAGUUGAUUGGUGGUCAUUGGGUUGUGUUGCAUUUGAUUUAUUAACUGGACAACCACCAUUUACAGGAAAUAAUCAUAAAAAGAUCUUGGAAAAGAUUAAAAAUUCUAAAAAGAAUCUUAAAUUUCCAUUUUAUUUAUCAUUAGAUGCCAAAGAUUUAUUAAGAAGAUUAUUACAACAAAAUGCAAAUAAAAGAUUUCAAGUUGAUGAAGAAUUUGAAAAUUUUAAAAAACAUCGAUUUUUCAGAUAUGUUGAUUGGAAUCAAUUGGAAAAUAUUGGAGAUGAUUCUGAUUUAUUACCACCAAUUUUACCAAUUAUAACUGACCCAAUUUUGGCUGAAAAUUUUGAUUCUGAUUUUACUGAAAUGAAUUUUACACCACAGAAUAUAACUACAAAAGAAGAUAUUUUACAUUUGAAUGGAUUUAGUUACACAAAUACAAAGUUUUUAGAUUUCACAUUUAGAUCCAAAACAGACAAAAUAGAUUGA